GAUCAUGUUAGUUUACGAGAAUCUGAAAUUUGAUUUCACAACCCUAACAAAAUUCAUCUGCCUUAAACCCUGGGAAAUAAAAAAUGGCAGCUUCACUGUUAAUUAAAACCCUAAGAUCCAUAAACAACCCUAAUCCCAUUAAAGCUCUCGCCGGUUCUUCUAUUCGCCACCUCUGCUCCGUCGCACAAGCUGAGCAAUCCGAUGAUUCAUCUUCUUCCUUUACCUUCUCCCCCUCCUCCAGUGGAAAUAAUGACGAAAUCUACAUUAAGGGGCCUAAGCAAGAGACGGCUUCUGUGACUAUGCCCAUGUCGUUUAUGACGGGGUCGAUUGCGGGCAAGAGGUUUUAUGAGCAAGUGAGUACUAGAGAGGCUGAUGAUGGGAAUGGAUGGACGGUGAUGCUCGAUUAUCGGACUCUGAAGACUCCAUCAAAGAGGCCUCUUAAGCUCCCGACUUUGGCCUUAGCUAAGGCCGUUGGUGCUGAGUGGGAAUAUCAGCAAAUAGAUGGGGUUAGACCCUUCACCAUGCCACUCAUGAAACUUGCGUGUACUGCCCUGGAGAGAGUUCCUCUAACUCGCCCAAAAAUCAUUGACCAUUUGAUGAAGAAAUUUAAUCAAGAUUUAGUCUUUUGCCGCGCUCCUGAUGAUAAUGAUCUCACAAGUGUUGUUCAUGAACGUCAGGUGGAAAAAAUUGAUCCUUUGCUUAAUUGGCUAGAAUCAGAAUUUGGCUUUAAGCCUGUUGUGUACUCAAGCUUUUUUGGUGGAAAGCAAGAGGAUGGUCUUAUAAAGGCUGUAGAAAACCUUCUGAAGAAAACAGAUGACUGUGAAUUGGCAGCAAUUGAUGCAAUUACUGCAGCAGCACAUUCUUUAACAAUUGCUAUUGGAAUUUUUCGUGGAAAGUUGCAGAUUGAGGAAGCAAUUGAGUUAAUCAGACUUGAGGAAGAUUUACAGGUUGACAGAUGGGGUCUGGUUGAAGGUGGGCACGAUGUCGAUAUUGCUGAUCUCAGGGUGCAAAUCUCAUCAGCUGUUGUAUUCCUUGGCCUUUCAAGGAGGAUUUAAUUUCUGUGCAUCCAUUUCUCUCUUUUAAAUUAUAAUUCAAGAGCUAGUGUUUGGCUACUAUUACUCUGUUGUACAUCUAGAACUCGGCUUACGACACUAUAAAAUUUUGUGAGAGUUUGUUGUGCGGUUGAUGGAAUAAUUGAUUGUGGAGGUAGGCACUCAGAGAGAAGCCUUAUGCUAAAUAACAGAAAAUUCAUGGUACAAGGUUUUGCUUUUCGUCGAGGCCAUAGGAAAAUAUACUAUAAUCUUUUUGGUUCAGUUCAUGGAUGCACCAGGUCAAGUACAAGUGAUGCCUGGCAAAAACUCUGUAAUACCAUGAAUGCAAUUUGUGCUACUUUGGAUGCUAAUUUAAUUUAGGCAUUCAUCAGAAUAUCAAUGGUCAAUGCUAGCAGUGAUCAGUGCAUGUUUGAAAAAUUGAAUUUAGUUUAAAAAUUUAUAAUUCUUUUGGCCUUAGAAUGUUGAUGAUUAUGGUUGAUGUACAGCAUUCAUGCUGCAUACAUUUUGAGAAAUACAGUGCUUCAUUUUUAUCACUUCUGUGUUGUGCUAGGACAAAGGGUUUCUGUAAAGCGUUGAGGAAUAGUCCACACCUUUUAUAGAACAUACAGAAGAUU